GCAACAGAAUUUAACAGCUGGGAAGCAUGGUUAGAAAGAUGUUAAUCCAUUUAGUCUGAGCAAAGGGACACAACACCAACACCUGAGGAAACAUGGGCCUGUUGUCCAUUCUUCGGAGGCUAAAGCAGUCUCCAGAACAGGAGGUGCGCUUACUGUUGCUCGGCUUGGACAAUGCUGGCAAGACCACUCUGCUGAAACAGCUGGCAGCAGAAGAUAUCAGCCACAUCACCCCCACACAAGUACAAAUAGGCACACAUCUAGUAGCUGAGUCACACACGGGCUUCAAUAUAAAAAGUGUUCAAUCAUCUGGCUUCAAGUUGAAUGUUUGGGACAUUGGAGGUCAGCGCAAGAUCCGCCCCUACUGGAGGAAUUAUUUUGAAGACACGGAUGUGCUGAUCUAUGUGAUUGACAGCUCAGACAGGAAAAGGUUUGAAGAGACAAGCCUGGAGCUGGCUGAGUUGCUGGAGGAGGAAAAGCUUGCUGCUGUGCCACUGCUAAUCUUUGCCAACAAGCAGGACCUGGUGACAGCCUCCCCAGCGUCUGAGCUGGCAGAAAGUCUCAGUCUGCACACUAUCCGGGAUCGCAUGUGGCAGGUCCAGGCCUGCUCAGCUGUCACUGCUGAGGGAGUGCAGGAUGGCAUGACCUGGGUUUGCAGAAAUAUAACGUUUCGGAAGAAAUAAUUCAGGAAGCAAAAGAUCCGUGAAGAAUUGCAGUUGCACUUUACAUUUGACCUACACAGUCAUCAUUUUAUGUGUUGUUUUUUUAUGAAACUUUCUCUUUUGUCAUUCUGUCUUCACUUGGCACUAUAAAAACUAAGUAGACAUUGCCUAUACAGUGAUGUUCUUCUUAACCCUGUCAAUGCCUAUCAUUAAAUGUAUAUACUGUAUAUAUUAGGAUGUUUUAUUUAAAUUGCUGGUUAUGCACACAAGUCUUUUUGUAAUGUGCUCCUUUUAAUGCAAUGGUAUGUAGGCAUUUACUGUCUGAAUAAAAUUCAGUAUUAUUA